AUGGCGGGCAACAGUCUGGUGCUGCCGAUUGUGCUGUGGGGGCGCAAAUCCCCCACCCACUGCGUGUCCGCCGUCCUGUUAAUGGACGACGUGUCAAUGAUUGUAACAGGCUGUCAUGAUGGGCAGAUAUGUCUUUGGGACCUUUCGUCAGAUCUGGAAAUAAAUCCCAGAGCUCUGUUGUUUGGCCACACAGCUUCCGUCACUUGUUUGUCUAAAGCCAGUGCUUCCAGUGAGAAACAGUAUAUAGUGAGCGCAUCGGAAAGCGGGGAAAUGUGCCUCUGGGAUGUGAAUGAUGGAAGAUGCAUUGAAUAUACCAAAUUAGCCUGCACACACACCGGCAUACAGUUCUACCAGUUUACCAUCGGGACCCAGCGUGAAGGCAGAUUGCUGUGUCACGGACAUUACCCAGAAAUUCUUGUUGUGGAUGCCACCAGCCUUGAAGUCCUUUAUUCCUUGGUGUCAAAGAUCUCUCCGGACUGGAUCAGCUCUAUGAGCAUUAUUCGAUCUCACAGAACGCAAGAGGACACUGUUGUCGCGGUGUCGGUGACAGGCAUACUGAAAGUGUGGAUAGUAACUUCUGAAGUGAGUCACUUACAGGAUACGGAACCAAUCUUUGAGGAGGAGUCGAAGCCAAUUUACUGCCAGAACUGCCAAAGCAUUUCUUUCUGUGCAUUUACCCAACGAUCGCUUUUGGUGGUGUGCUCCAAAUACUGGAGGGUGUUUGAUGCGGGAGAUUAUUCCCUGUUGUGCUCCGUCCCCGGUGAGAAUGGGCAGACCUGGACAGGAGGCGAUUUUGUGUCAGCGGACAAAGUGAUCAUAUGGACAGAAGACGGUCAGAGUUUCAUAUAUAAACUGCCUGCCAGUUGCUUGCCGGCUAGUGACACCUUUCGCAGUGACGUCGGGAAGGUUGUCGAAAAUCUAAACCCUCCUCAGCUGCACUGCAUCGUGGACCGAGCGGUGGUGAAAUCAGAGAAACAGUUAUUAAUCUGCCCUCCUGUUACUCGGUUCUUCUAUGGCCGCAGGGAGUGUUUCCAUAAACUGCUUAUCCAGGGAGACUCGUCGGGCAGGCUUAGCAUUUGGAGUAUACCGGAUACGCUCGACCAGCAAGACGUGACCGAAGGAUUAAAAAUAACGACCUCCACUUCGCUGCAAGAAGCAUUCAGCAAACGUGUUCCACGCCCUGCUGGAAUUAUCGAUCAGUUGAGCUUCAUGCCCCACAGCGAUGAACCACUUAAAGUGACAGCCAGCGUUUACAUCCCAGCGCACGGACGCUUGGUUUGUGGCCGUGAAGAUGGAAGCAUUGUUAUUGUGCCAGCAACUCAGACUGCUGUAGUUCAGCUCUUGCAAGAUGAACACAUGCGCAGAAGAGGUUGGCCACCCCAUAGAACUCUGCGGGGUCAUCGGAACAAAGUCACGUGUUUGCUGUAUCCUCACCAGGUCUCUUCUCGCUACGACCAAAGAUACUUGGUCUCGGGUGGUGUAGACUUUUCUGUCAUUAUCUGGGACAUCUUUUCUGGAGAAAUGAAGCACAUCUUCUGUGUGCAUGGUGGAGAAAUCACGCAACUUUUAGUUCCUCCAGAAAACUGCAGUUCACGAGUGCAACACUGUGUUUGCUCUGUGGCCAGCGACCACUCGGUGGGACUUCUGAGUUUACGAGAGAAGAAAUGCAUCAUGCUGGCUUCCCGGCAUCUCUUCCCAGUUCAAGUGAUAAAGUGGAGGCCCUCUGACGACUAUCUGGUGGUUGGAUGUUCAGAUGGAUCUGUGUAUGUCUGGCAGAUGGAUACUGGUGCCCUCGACCGCUGCGUAAUGGGGAUCACCGCUGUCGAGAUCUUGAACGCUUGCGACGAGGCUGUGCCUGCUGCGGUGGACUCCCUGAGCCACCCUGCUGUUAACUUAAAACAAGCGAUGACCAGGCGAAGCCUCGCUGCAUUGAAAAACAUGGCCCACCAGAAACUGCAAACUCUCGCCACAAAUCUCUUGGCUUCUGAUUCAUCUGACAAAGGAAACUUGCCUAAAUACUCACACAAUUCUCUGAUGGUCCAAGCCCUCAAGACGAACUUAACAGACCCGGAUAUCCACGUGCUCUUCUUUGAUGUGGAAGCUCUGAUUAUUCAGCUACUAACCGAAGAAGCCUCCAGGCCUAACACAGCCCUUAUUUCCCCCGAGAAUCUGCAGAAAGCAUCUGGCAGUUCUGACAAAGGGGGUUCCUUCCUGGCCGGCAAACGAGCAGCGGUCCUAUUCCAGCAGGUCAAGGAAACGAUCAAAGAGAACAUAAAAGAGCAUCUCCUCGACGAGGACGACGAAGACGACGAAUCCAGGCAGAGAAGAGAAGACGGCGACCCGGAAUAUCGGUCCGGCAAAUCUAAGCCGUUGACGCUGUUAGAAUAUAACCUCACCAUGGACACGGCCAAGCUGUUCAUGUCAUGCCUCCAUGCCUGGGGCUUGAACGGUGUUCUAGACGAGCUUUGCAGCGACCGCCUGGGGAUGCUGAAGCCACACUGUUCUGUCUCUUUUGGCUUGAUUUCAAGGGGCGGCCACAUGUCCCUGAUGCUUCCAGGAUACAACCAGCCUAUAGGCAAGGUACCCUCUACCGAUGCCGAUGUAGGAAAGUCUGUGGCCCUCACCGAGGGGCACGUCAGGGGUACAUAUGGCAUAUCGCGCGCAGUGACUACUCAGCACCUUCUCUCCAUUAUUUCCCUGGCGAACACCUUGAUGAGUAUGACCAACGCAACGUUUAUUGGCGAUCACAUGAAGAAGGGACCAGUCAGACCUCCUAGGCCGGGGACACCCGAGCUUGCUAAAGGGAAGACACCUGCUCCUCCUGCCAGUCCGGCAUCUCAAGGGCAGAUUAAACAAGUUGCUCCUGCUGUUUCUGCUAGCACGGAAGCUGACCGCUCUGGCUCUGACCCUGCUCCUCCUUUACAUACCUGUUUCUUAGUAAAUGAAGGAUGGAGUCAGCUUGCCGCAAUGCACUGCGUGAUGCUUCCUGACUUGCUGGGCCUGGAUAAAUUUAGACCGCCUCUCCUUGAAAUGUUGGCUCGUAGAUGGCAGGAUCGAUGCUUGGAGGUGCGAGAAGCCGCCCAGGCCUUGCUGUUAGCAGAACUCAGAAGGAUCGAGCAGGUGGGCAGAAAGGAAACAAUUGACAUGUGGGCCCCUUACUUACCUCAGUACAUGGACAGCGUGAUAUCACCGGGAGUGACCACGGAAGCCAUUCAGACCGCCACCGCCAGUCCAGAACCGUCAGCAUCGGAACCUAAAAUUCAAGAAGAAGAACACGAUCUGGUGGAUGACGACAUCUCUGCAGGUUCUCUUUCCGGAUUUCCACAAAUGAAAAAAAUAUCUAUGUCUUACGAAGAGAGGCGCAAGCAAGCCACUGCGAUUGUUCUGCUAGGAGUAAUCGGAGCAGAGUUUGGAGCAGAAAUCGAACCUCCGAAGUUGUUGACCAGACCGCGCAGUUCUAGCCAGAUUCCCGAGGGCUUUGGCUCAACGAGUGGUGGAUCCAACUAUUCUUUGGCGAGGCAUACUUGCAAGGCUUUGACGUAUCUUCUGCUCCAGCCUCCCAGCCCCAAACUUCCUCCGCACAGCACCAUCAGGAGAACGGCCAUUGAUCUCAUUGGACGAGGGUUUACCGUGUGGGAGCCUUACAUGGACGUGUCUGCUGUGUUGAUGGGCCUGCUGGAGCUCUGUGCAGAUGCCGAGAAGCAGCUUGCCAACAUCACAAUGGGGCUGCCCCUGAGCCCAGCAGCUGACUCCGCCCGCUCGGCACGCCACGCUCUCUCGCUCAUCGCCACGGCCCGACCACCCGCCUUCAUAACAACUAUCGCCAAGGAGGUCCACAGGCACACGGCUCUUCAAGCAAACACCCAGUCUCAGCAGAACGUUCACACCACGACCUUGGCUCGGGCCAAGGGAGAGAUUCUGAGGAUCGUUGAAAUACUUAUUGAAAAGAUGCCCACCGAUGUUGCGGAGCUCAUUGUAGAGGUUAUGGACAUCCUCAUGUACUGCCUGGAAGGCUCGCUGGUCAAGAAGAAAGGUCUUCAGGAGUGCUUUCCGGCCAUCUGCAGGUUCUACAUGGUCAGCUAUUACGAGCGGAGUCACCGAAUAGCAGUUGGAUCUCGCUUGGGUUCAGUGGCCCUCUACGACAUCCGGACUGGGAAAUGUCAGACCAUCCAUGGCCACCAGGGGCCCAUAACAGCUGUGGCGUUUGCUCCUGAUGGACGGUAUCUUGCCACUUACUCGAACAAAGAUAGUCACAUCUCCUUUUGGCAGAUGAACACCUCUCUUUUGGGAAGCAUCGGAAUGCUGAAUUCUGCACCGCAACUUCGCUGUAUUAAAACUUACCAGGUGCCCCCCGUCCAAACGGCAUCGCCAGGCACCCACCAGGCCCUCAAACUGGCCAGGCUCAUCUGGACUUCCAACCGCAAUGUUAUCCUUAUGGCGCAUGAUGGCAAAGAGCAUCGGUUUGUGGUGUAG